GCAGCCGGGGCAGUCAACGCUGGAGGCAGUGAUGUGAACCGGACGCAGCCCGGAGGAGGCUGGAUCGAUCAUCCCCAGAGAGUCGCCAGCGUGCCAGGCAAGCCAACUGCACGCGGACGCGGACAGAUGUGAGGCAGGAUCUCUUUUGCGAAGCGCACGUGCCCAAGAAACUGUACCACUUUAACAUUAGAGAAGACUCGCAUUCCAGUGGCUGGCCAUCUGGCGUUUCGCUUUCCAAAACCCUGGCCAUCCAUGUGGACCUCUGGUAGAAUGAGCAAUGCAAAGCGCUGGCUUGGACUUGGCAUGUCCUUGUUUGUCUGGGGAUUGAUGAACCUGACAACCGCUGCUCUCCUGGGGACACCUGCACCAGGCCAGCUAGGGGCACGCCUGGCAGACGAGCUGCAGUUCCACCAGCGGGCAAAGAGGAGCUGGGUUUGGAACCAAUUCUUUGUCCUGGAAGAGUACACAGGGACGGACCCUUUGUAUGUCGGCAAGCUUCACUCGGACAUGGACAGGGGGGACGGGUCCAUCAAGUACAUCCUAUCCGGAGAGGGCGCAGGCAUCGUGUUCACUAUCGACGACACCACGGGGGACAUCCACGCCAUCCAGAGGCUGGACCGCGAGGAGAGGGCCCAGUACACCCUGCGAGCCCAAGCCCUCGACCGGCGGACGGGCCGGCCCAUGGAGCCCGAGUCCGAGUUCAUCAUCAAAAUCCAAGACAUCAACGACAACGAGCCCAAGUUCCUCAACGGGCCAUACGUGGCGGCUGUCCCAGAGAUGUCGCCAGUGGGUACCUCUGUUAUCCAGGUGACGGCCACUGAUGCGGACGACCCAACCUAUGGCAACAGUGCCCGGGUGGUGUACAGCAUCCUGCAGGGCCAGCCGUACUUCUCGGUGGACUCCAGAACAGGUGUCAUCAGGACGGCGCUGAUGAACAUGGACAGGGAAGCCAAAGAGUACUAUGAAGUCAUUAUCCAGGCCAAGGACAUGGGCGGGCAGCUAGGAGGCCUGGCUGGGACCACGACGGUCAACAUCACCCUCUCGGAUGUCAAUGACAACCCUCCGCGCUUCCCGCAGAAACAUUACCAGAUGAGCGUGUUGGAAUCGGCUCCCAUCAGCUCCACAGUGGGGAGAGUGUUCGCCAAGGACUUGGAUGAAGGCAUCAAUGCGGAAAUGAAGUACACGAUUGUGGAUGGAGACGGUGCAGAUGCCUUUGACAUUAACACGGACCCCAAUUUCCAAGUCGGCAUCAUAACGGUGAAGAAGCCUCUGAGCUUUGAAAGCAAGAAAAGCUACACCUUAAAAGUGGAGGGAGCCAACUCUCACCUGGAGAUGCGUUUUCUGAACUUGGGCCCAUUUCAGGACACAACGACAGUGCACAUCAGCGUGGAAGAUGUGGACGAGCCCCCCAUCUUUGAGCCUGGCUUUUAUUUUGUGGAGGUACCUGAGGAUGUGGCCAUUGGCACUACCAUCCAGAUCAUUUCGGCCAAGGACCCAGAUGUGACCAACAAUUCAAUCAGAUACUCCAUUGACAGAAGCAGUGACCCCGGAAGGUUCUUCUAUGUUGACAUCACUACAGGUGCCCUAAUGACCGCCAGGCCUCUGGACCGGGAAGAAUUUUCGUGGCACAACAUCACUGUCCUUGCCAUGGAGAUGAACAACCCCUCCCAGGUUGGAAGUGUUCCCGUCACCAUCAGAGUCUUAGAUGUGAAUGACAACGCUCCGGAGUUCCCCAGAUUCUAUGAAGCUUUUGUCUGUGAAAAUGCCAAAGCCGGGCAGCUGAUCCAGACGGUGAGUGCUGUCGACCAAGAUGAGCCGCGCCAUGGCCAGCACUUCUACUACAGCCUGGCUCCCGAGGCCGCUACCAACCCCAACUUCACCGUGAGGGACAAUCAAGACAACACUGCCCGGAUUCUGACCAGGAGGUCCGGCUUCAGGCAGCAGGAGCAGAGCAUCUUCUACCUGCCCAUCCAGAUCUUGGACAAUGGGCAGCCGGCUCUGAGCAGCACGGGCACGCUCACCGUCCAGGUGUGCAGCUGUGACGAAGGUGGCCACGUCAUGUCCUGCAGCCCCGAGGCCUACAUGCUUCCAGUCAGCCUGAGCCGGGGCGCCCUCAUUGCCAUCCUGGCCUGCAUAUUUGUGCUGCUGGUGCUGGUGCUGCUCAUCCUGUCCCUGCGGCGGCACCGGAAGCAGCCCUACAUCAUCGACGACGACGAGAACAUCCACGAGAACAUCGUCCGCUACGACGACGAGGGCGGCGGCGAGGAGGACACGGAGGCCUUCGACAUCGCCGCCAUGUGGAACCCCCGGGAGGCGCAGCCGGGCGCCGCCAAGACGCGGCAGGACAUGCUGCCCGAGAUCGAGAGCCUGUCCCGCUACGUGCCCCAGACGUGCGCCGUGAGCAGCACCGUGCACAGCUACGUGCUGGCCAAGCUCUACGAGGCCGACAUGGACCUGUGGGCGCCGCCCUUCGACUCGCUGCAGACCUACAUGUUCGAGGGCGACGGCUCCCUCGCAGGCUCCCUGAGCUCCGUGCAGUCGGCCACCUCGGACUCGGAGCAGAGCUUCGACUUCCUCACGGACUGGGGGCCCCGCUUCCGGAAGCUGGCGGAGCUCUACGGGGCGGCGGAGGGGCCGGCGCCGCGCUGGUGACGGA